AUGAGAAAUUGGGGAAGCACAGCCUCACGUCAGCUUGCUUUCAGUCUGUCGCCGGCCGCGCUGAAUGGACAUUUUGAACCUCAGGCUGGAAUUUGUACGCACCCGAUGUUGAUCAUAUCUCCAAGCGACGCAGCUGCCCAGAAGAACAAGGAUUAUCGUCCUCGCAUUGCAUCUGAGCAUGUCUUGCUCCCGGAUGUGCUGCCCCAGCCUGUCUCCUCAGUAUCAAAAGUCGCUCGUCGAACACAGACUCGCGGGACGUUUGGUGGAUCCAAUAAUCGUUGUGAUCCUCUGACCCAACCACCCGAGUACAAGACAUUCAGGCACCAUCCUCUCGAUCGGACUAAGCAAUCUAUUCGACUUAUCCGCAUUCUUCCAAAACUCUCCUCGUCAGGGGAGAUACAGUGUAUUCUUUCCCAUGCGAGUGUUAGGGCCACAUACACCUGCCUUUCAUAUCGAUGGGGUGACACAGGCACCUUACAAGACAUUGUCAUCAAUGGAAGAAGGUUCGCUAUCCGCCAGAAUCUUUUUGACUUUCUUCAAGUCGUGCACGAUAGAUUACAAUCUCAUGAACGCUUUGAAGCGCGGCAGAGCGACCAUUUAAAUCACGAUACAGGCAAACGAAAACAGACAGAAGAGACCAUCACAAGUAUCAAGAAAUCAGGAAUGACCCGCGGCGAAGCCUUUCUGAAUGGUUCUAUCAGCCGACGUUUCAAGUCUGCAGAUAUUUACGAUAUAUCAGACCCAUACUGGAUUGAUGCUGUAUGCAUUGACCAGAACAAUAUCGAGGAAAAGAACCAUCAAGUGGAUCAGAUGGGUCUGAUCUACUCGAACGCCACAGCAGUUGACAUUUGGCUUGGGCGUACACCGCCAUGUCUGUUUCCCCUGGUAUCCGUUCUCGGCCGUGCCGAGAAUGUCGCUCCUGAUGAAGCCACGAUGCCCCUGGAAAAUAAUAUGAGCCUCAUUCAGGAGUACAUCAUUCACAAUCCGUACUGGAGCCGCGCCUGGGUUACACAAGAGAUAAUGCUUGCUCGCCGUGUCAGUGUCCGUCUUAAUGCCGAGUCCAUUGGAUUCAUAGACAUGAUUAGGGGUAUCGAGCGUCUUGGGUUCCCCGGCCGCCAUGAAGCUAUCCUCAAAAGUCAAUUUGCUCAGAUCGCCCGUCGCUGGCGUAAGAAGAGCAAAGCUAAGAGCCUAAUCAAUUUACUCGCUGACUUCCAUGGCAAGGGCUGUGAAGACCCUCGUGACCGAGUAUUCUCGCUCCGCACGUUGUGUCCUGACGCGCCAGAAGUUGAUUAUCAUCUUACUCGUAACGAACUUGCCAUCCAAGUCUUGAGCGGAGAUGGGGAGAGACUGUGUAUUUGCUCCGCAGUUGUCGUUGCGCAAGCGUUGGGUCUUCAGCAUUACGAGUGCCAGUCAGCGUCUUCCGGCCAUCAACUUCCUUACCUCGAAUUCGAUGUCGUCACCGACCGAUCCAUCCCAGGAUCUGCGCAGCGCCAUCUCUACAGUAGUGAGAGAUCAGAACCUAGGGUCAUCGGACCAUCUGGUCAGAGUCUGAACUUUCAUCACACGUGUGACUCGGCCAGCCUGAGGGGCCUACAAAUCUGGUGGAAUCCUCGCGGUCCCUCGCGACUUUUGGAAUCGUUCGUGUACAAGCAUUCGACAUAUCCUUUCCAGCACUAUGGGGAUGGUCUCAAACAUGUAGAUGACAAUGGAGGUUCAGGCUGUGCUUCGAAAGCGCGGAUCUCGCUGAAGGUACUGGCGAAGAUGGUCACAGACCCAGUUGAGCUAUGUUCGCACGCAAUUCUUGGGAGGACUAGAGAUUCAUGCCUACUUACGAGCUAUCCGCGCAUAUAUGGCUUGGAUAGGGAAGGCAUAUGCAUACAGGGUCUACCUCCGAUUCGUACGAAAUGCUCUACUACAUCUAAGCAAUGCCCGCCUUCUUCACUGAAGCGUAAAGCUGACCCGGGAGCUCAUGGACAGGCUGCGAAGAAGCGGCGAGCCUGCUUAGCACCGCAAUGA